AUGGCAGCUGCUCAACUUACUCCGUUUCUAAGCCUUCCAAGCCUAUUCAAGACGCACAUAGGUCUUGGAGCAGGUGUGCUUGAAGAGGAGGUCGCGGAUCGAACCAAGCUGACUCCGGGCAUUGCAACACUUGGAGCGCUUUCGCAGCAGUUGCCGGUCUUUGGCAAUCCCUCGCUGCUCAAACAACAACUGAGGGAACUUGUGCUAAGGAGAAAAAGUCUUGUUCGUGAGGAGCCAGAAGAUGAUGAUUCGCUUUCUGCUCAACCAGUGCUUUCUCCCGGGCACCUACCAUCUUCUCACGGCUUGGGUGACGUAAUCGGUGGGAAAGCCACCGGUCUUGCCUAUGACUCGAGUAUGGCACGACAUGAGUGUGUUUGCGGCGAAAGUAGUUCUCACGUUGAGCAUGGAGGAAGAGUGCAAAGCAUCUGGGCGCGGUUAUUGGAGCGAGGGCUUGUCCAAAAGUGUGAAAAGAUAGCCGCCAAAAAGGCUUCCCUCGAGCAGCUUCGUAUGGUUCAUUCCCCAACAUAUGUCACAUUUUUUGCUGUUUCGCCCACAGCCUGUCUCAAAAUGGAGGCAUCUCAGCUCCCAUUGAAGAGCUUUGUUCAGGUAGAGGCGCUGUCCAUGAAAACUUGCUUGCAGUUACCAUGUGGAGGAAUUGGCAUAGAUUCCGACACGUAUUUUAACGACGCAACAACUCAGACUGCUGCUCGCGUGGCCGCUGGUUCUCUUAUUGAGUUGGCUUCACAAGUAAGUUAUGUUUUCUUUAAUAAGCAGACCUCAAUACUAGCAUCUGUUUAUCCUUCAAUGGUCUGGGACUUCUUCAGUUACUGUUGAAU